CGCGCUGUCUGGAAUUGCGGUUCUGUCUCGGUCGGCUCCGCUUCGCUGGCUUCAGCCGAGCGCCUCAGCCGCCGCCCCUGCCCGCCGCGGCAGCGCUGUCUCGGGGCCCGGCGCGCUUGGGCGAGGGUCGGCGAGCUCCCUCGAGCAGCAUGGCGGUGGAGGAAGAGGGGCUCCGGGUCUUCCAGAGCGUGAGGAUCAAGAUCGGUGAAGCCAAGAAUCUUCCCUCCUAUCCGGGGCCAAACAAGAUGAGAGAUUGCUACUGUACUGUGAACCUGGACCAGGAGGAGGUUUUCCGGACCAAGAUUGUGGAAAAGUCACUCUGUCCCUUUUAUGGAGAAGACUUUUACUGUGAAAUUCCUCGGAGUUUUCGUCACCUCUCGUUUUACAUUUUUGAUAGAGACGUUUUCCGGAGGGAUUCCAUCAUAGGGAAGGUGGCCAUCCAGAAGGAGGACCUGCAGAAGUACCAUAAUAGGGAUACAUGGUUCCAACUGCAGCAUGUAGAUGCCGACUCAGAGGUACAGGGCAAGGUCCACCUGGAGCUGAGGCUGAGUGAGGUCAUCACAGACACAGGCAUUGUCUGCCAUAAGCUUGCAGCACGCAUCCUGGAGUGCCAAGGACUCCCCAUUGUGAAUGGGCAGUGUGACCCCUAUGCCACAGUGACACUGGCUGGGCCCUUCAGGUCAGAAGCCAAGAAGACAAAAGUGAAGAAGAAGACCAACAACCCCCAGUUUGAUGAGGUGUUUUAUUUUGAGGUGACCAGACCCUGCAGCUACAGCAAAAAGUCCCACUUUGACUUUGAAGAGGAAGAUGUAGACAAACUUGAAAUUCGAGUUGACCUCUGGAAUGCCAGCAACCUGAAGUUUGGAGACGAAUUUUUAGGGGAGCUAAGGAUCCCGCUCAAAGUGCUGCGGCAGUCUAGUUCCUACGAAGCAUGGUACUUCCUCCAGCCACGGGACAAUGGCGGCAAGAGCCUGAAGCCUGAUGACCUUGGCUCUCUAAGGUUGAAUGUAGUUUACACGGAAGACCAUGUCUUCUCUUCUGACUACUACAGCCCGCUGCGGGACCUGCUAUUGAAGUCUGCAGAUGUGGAGCCUGUCUCAGCCUCAGCGGCUCACAUUCUGGGUGAGGUGUGCAGAGAGAAGCAAGAGGCAGCCAUUCCACUGGUGCGGCUGCUGCUGCAUUAUGGCAAGGUGGUGCCCUUCAUCAGUGCCAUCGCCAGUGCAGAGGUGAAGAGGACCCAAGACCCCAACACAAUCUUCCGAGGAAACUCACUGACAUCCAAGUGCAUAGAUGAGACGAUGAAGCUGGCAGGCAUGCACUACCUACAUGUCACCUUGAAGUCCACCAUAGAGGAGAUAUGCCAGAGCCACAGGUCCUGUGAAAUCGACCCUGUCAAGUUGCGAGAUGGUGAAAACCUUGAGAAUAACAUGGAGAGCCUUCGGCAAUAUGUGGACCGUAUCUUCACUGUCAUCACCAAGUCUGGGGUGAGCUGCCCCACUGUCAUGUGUGACAUCUUCUUCUCUUUAAGGGAGGCAGCUGCCAAGCGCUUCCAAGAUGACCUGGAUGUGAGGUACACUGCUGUGAGUAGCUUCAUCUUCCUGAGAUUCUUUGCUCCUGCUAUUUUGUCCCCAAACCUCUUCCAGUUGACACCUCACCACACGGAUCCACAGACAUCCAGAACCCUGACACUUAUCUCAAAAACAAUCCAAACUCUUGGCAGCUUGUCCAAAUCGAAGUCGGCAAGUUUUAAGGAGUCAUACAUGGCAGCAUUUUAUGAAUUCUUCAAUGAGCAGAAGUAUGCUGAUGCUGUAAAAAAUUUCUUGGAUUUGAUUUCAUCUUCAGGGAGAAGGGACCCCAAGAGUAUAGAGCACCCAAUCCUGCUUAAAGAAGGGUUUAUGAUUAAGAGGGCACAAGGAAGAAAACGCUUUGGGAUGAAGAAUUUCAAGAAGAGAUGGUUUCGCCUGACAAACCAUGAAUUCACCUACCAGAAAAGCAAAGGAGACCAGCCCCUCUGCAGCAUUCCCAUUGAGAACAUCCUGGCUGUGGAGCGGCUGGAGGAGGAAUCUUUCAGAAUGAAAAAUAUGUUCCAGGUGAUCCAGCCCGAGCGUGCCUUAUACAUUCAGGCCAACAACUGUGUGGAGGCCAAGGACUGGAUCGACACCCUCACCAAAGUGAGCCAGUGUAACCAGAAGCGCCUCACUGUCUUCCACCCAUCUGCCUACCUGAAUGGCCACUGGCUAUGCUGCCGGGCUUCCUCUGACACAGCCACCGGCUGCACACCCUGCACUGGUGGCCUCCCUGCAAACAUCCAGCUGGACAUUGAUGGGGACCGAGAGACAGAACGUAUCUAUUCUCUCUUCAACCUGUAUAUGAGCAAGCUAGAGAAAAUGCAGGAGGCCUGUGGGAGCAAGUCUGUGUAUGAUGGCCCAGAGCAGGAAGAAUACUCAACCUUCAUCAUCGAUGACCCCCAGGAGACCUACAAGACGCUGAAGCAGGUCAUUGCCGGGGUGGGAACCCUGGAGCAGGAGCAUGCCCAGUACCGGAGGGAUAAGUUCAAGAAGACGAGAUAUGGCAGCCAGGAGCACCCCAUCGGAGAUAAGAGCUUCCAGAACUACAUCAGGCAGCAGUCUGAGGUCUCCACCCAUUCCAUUUAAAGUCUCCAAUGCCACCAGAGGCUUCAGGAAACCCACGACAUAGAGAACAGAGAAGAGAGGACAGAGGGACUCCACAUUUGCCCAUUUGUGCAGGCCCCAGCGGGCGCAUCUGUGAGCCGAGCAAGCCCUUCCCCUGUGAGAGCCCUUGCUGGGGCCUGCACCCUACUCACUUUACUCAUUUGCUGGAGGCAGGCCACCUGAGCUGUUGAGGAAUAUGCAGUCAUUUAUCCUUUUACUCAUUUGGUUUCAUGGGGACCCAGCGACCCAUGGGCUGAUGGGGAAGCAUGGACUUUCCCAUCACCCUGCCUAGCCCCUCCUUGGGGAAUACAGCUGGUCCAGUUAUAGCAGUGUGCACUCUGCAGUGUGUGCACUUCUGUCUCCUGCUGUUGCCCUUUGGUCUGGCCUACACCUAUGUAGCCUUCCGUCCCUAGCCCUGUUUUAUCAUAUUUGGUACCUUAAGAACAGUAUUUUUAAAACCUGCUAUAUCUGCUGCCGUGAGCAGGUAGUCUCACCAUUCAGCUUGUGUUGGCUUUGUUCCUGCCUGAAGGGUCAAUAUUAGGGCAUGGACACAGCAGAGAAGUACAAAUUUGGUCUUCAGGGACAUGAGCUCCUUUCUGCAGAGACCCUAGGUGGGGGGAGCAGGUCUAGUCUUCUGUAGAUGACCAUUAACCCGCAGCUGGAGCACACGGUGUCUUUAAAACUAGAAUUCAUAUGCUAGCCAACAUAACAGAAACUUGGGGAGGAUUUUUUAACCAGAAAUGUUCAUAUUUCAAGCUGUUUUUUGUAAUAUUUUUAAAGGAUUGUUUUUAAUUAGCUCUUUAAUGUACUCAUUAAAGGAGAUGCUGCAGAGAACAAAUAUAAAGGGAAUGGUGUGUCUCACCAGCUGACUGCAGGUCCUCAGAGGGAGGAUCUCUGGGUUUGAUGCUGUGUCCACCCACAUCUCUGAGCCCCAGGAAGCUGGGCAGGGCAAUGGCUGGGUCACUUUUUAUUGGGGUGGGAGGGUCCUGAAAUGGGGCAAGGCAGAUCACUUCAGCUUAAUCACACACUGCUGCUGCAAUCUUGUCCCAAACAGUAUCACCAUGGGGUGGAGGCCGAAGGCACUCGGAAGGUGCUGCCAAAGGACAUGCCACUCAUCCUGGUACCAGCUUCUCCACUCCUGUUUAGAAGUGCAGUCCAGAUUCUUAGUCUAGAUGGCAUAUUAUAACAGUACUUGUCGCGCAGUAGUGGAGGGAAGUGCGAUAAACACUUUGGGAUACACAGCUGUUUGCUGCACUGAACUGCAAUUUUUAACAUGGAUUUGUAACUUAAUGUUUCUGUUUAUAAAAUACUAAUGAUUUGCGAUGUAUUUUACUGGCCAAUUAAAACAGAUGUUUUAUUCUU